GCUUCCUGUGGUUUGAGUGCAAGGAAGUGUGGAUUGAGGGCCUGCGCAGUUACCUCCUGGACUGGUGGAACUUCCUGGAUGUGGUCAUCCUGUCCCUGUACCUGGCAGCCUUCGCACUGCGCCUCCUCUUGGCUGGGCUUGCCCACGUGCACUGCCGGGAUACCCCCGAUGGGGCUGCUUGCCACUAUUUCACCAUGGCUGAACGAAGUGAGUGGCGCACGGAGGACCCCCAGUUCCUGGCUGAGGUGCUCUUUGCUGUCACCAGCAUGCUCAGCUUCACCCGCCUGGCCUACAUUCUGCCAGCCCACGAGUCGCUGGGCACUCUGCAGAUUUCCAUUGGCAAGAUGAUUGAUGACAUGAUGAGGUUCAUGUUCAUCCUCAUGAUCAUCCUAACUGCCUUCCUCUGUGGCCUCAACAACAUCUAUGUACCCUACCAGGAGACAGAACGGCUGGGCAAUUUCAACGAGACGUUCCAGUUUCUGUUCUGGACCAUGUUUGGCAUGGAGGAGCACAGUGUGGUAGACAUGCCUCAGUUUCUGGUGCCUGAAUUCGUGGGCCGGGCCCUCUACGGCCUCUUCACCAUCGUCAUGGUCAUUGUGCUGCUCAACAUGCUCAUCGCCAUGAUCACCAACUCCUUCCAGAAGAUUGAGGAUGAUGCCGACGUGGAGUGGAAGUUUGCUCGCUCCAAGCUCUACCUGUCCUUCUUUCGAGAGGGCCUGACACUGCCUGUGCCCUUCAACAUCCUGCCCUCUCCCAAGGCCAUUUUCUACCUUCUCAGGAGAAUGUUCCGGUUUGUUUGCUGUUGCUGUGCCUGCUACAAGACCAAGAAGCCAGACUACCCCCCAAUCCCUACCUUUACCAAUCCCGGCGCAGGGGCGGGAUCUGGAGAGGGAGAGCGCGGAUCCUACCGCCUUCGUGUCAUCAAGGCCCUGGUGCAGCGCUACAUAGAGACCGCCCGGCGCGAGUUUGAGGAGACUCGUCGCAAAGACCUGGGCAACAGACUGACAGAGCUGACCAAGACCGUAUCUCGACUGCAAAGCGAGGUAGCUGGUGUGCAGCGAACCCUGGCGGAGGGAAGGACACUCCGGCCCCCCGACGGUGCCAGUGUCCUCAGUCGCUACAUCACCCGAGUGCGCAACAGCUUCCAGAACCUGGGGCCUCCCAUCCCUGAGGCCCCGGAGCUGACAGUACCAGAGAUUGUGGGGACCCAGGUGUCUUCAGAAACUGGGUUUCAGGACACUGUGGGGGGCAGGACUCCAGCGUCUGGAGAGUCCGGCCCCUCCUCCCCAGUUCCUGUGCUAGUGCACAGAGAGCAGGAAGCAGAUGGGGCUGGGGACCUGCCCCAGGAGGAGGAUUUGGGGACCAAGGGGGGGUUCUGA